AUGGACGAUAGCGAAACGUCUGUAACGGACUUGUCCGUUUCGCCCGAAUCGGCUGCAAUAGCUGUUGGCGGUGGUGGAGUGGGUGGUGUGCAGAUAUGUCCGGCACUUAUGCUUGGAAGCUCUCAGGCCCUUCCUGGAGCUGCCAAACACAUCUAUAGCCGAUUAGCAGCUAAUGCUGCCGAAGUAGAUGAAGGCAUGCCUAGUCUCAUUAUAAGCCUGGUUUCUCAUGGAAAUCAGCUUUCAGAAAAGUACCUCUCUCGCUUUCAAGCAGCAAUCAGCGUUUUGAUCUCCGGUGGCGGUCUAUGGUUGGUUUCUUCCGGAGAACAUCAUGACCCUCUGGCAAGAACAGCUAGUAGCGCCAUGCGUGCGGUCCUACCACAGAUAGAGCGUGAUGUAGAAGUUUUGCAUGUGAUAGUGAACUCCAUAGCUGUGACGGCCCGUGAAGAAGGCCGUAUGAUGGUCGAUGCCUCUUUGAAUACCCUGCUGAUUCUAUCGAGAAAUACAGAACCAGGCGAAGAACCUUUAUUCCGAGCAAAUGCUGUUGUAAGAUUAGCGCAUCCGCCUCCGGCCCUCCUUAUCGGUGUCCCAUCAGAGAACAUCGCAUCUGGAAACAACAUAACCGGUACAGCUCCGCCCAUCUUGUUGUCACCAUCCAAUGACAGGCGGCCAUUACCAGCUGUUGUCUUUGCAGGCGCCUCGCUGACAGCACUACAAGAACUCCUUGUCUAUGUUGAGAAUGGGUUCCCAGUCAUAGUCCUUCAGGACAGUUGCGAACUAUGCGUGGUGCUGCAUAAUGCUUAUUUGCUCUAUCGUUCACCACAGUUUGAUCAUGCAAAGUUCGUUAGUUGGCUUGAAGAACAGCUGGAUGCUGUGGUUACGGAGGACGUGGCACAAACCUCAGAGAUUGUCGUGAAAAUUUUCGCAACUGCAUUUGGAGACAAUCAGCUGAUUGAAUUCUUGGACAGCGAUGAGAUGCCCGCACUCGCUUCGCGAAUCAUUGAGCUUUGUCUUCAAUGUCACAGCGGUGCUAUGGAAGCGCGACAACUGCUACAACUCUCCGCCCACAUUAAUGAGCCAGCUAUCUUGAAUGAAGUCGAUUUGGAUGAUAUUCUUGAUGAUGAACUCAUGACUGCGAUACUGUGCGAAACAAUAGCUGUAGAGGAUCGUGUCACAUUUCUGGCAGCUGUACUUGAACGGAGGCCACAGAUUUUCGUUAGCCCUGAGAUGCUGAUGAAGUUGGCGAAGAACUGCGAUCAGCACUUUUUCACAACCAUAGUGCUUUGCCAAUGUAUGGGAUACUCUUCCUUUCCUGACGACAUCGACGACCAUUUUAUCAGCGAUUUGAAUUGCUUGCUGAAGCGCUUAUCGUUCGGGGUCGAUGAGCUGAUCCCAGCCUCAGCAUUGAGCAUGGAUUUCAUGCAUAAUCGAGAUCCAGCGGAUGCGAUCAGGGUGUUGGCGAUUUGGUGUCUUCUGUUACAUCGGCCUGAAGUUGUACGAUGUCUCUGCGCAUUUUCGGACCAACCCGUAGCUUUUGCCCUGGUGCUUUCAAGACUGGCGAAAUCGUUAGCCCAUGAGUCUCAUGACUGGUUCUUCUAUGAAGAAUCUUUGCUAAAACUAGCCAAUUCGCUUUCGAGUUCGGCCGUUUCCUUGGUGGACAAAGUACAUCGCACGUCGCCAAAUAAGGCUUAUCACCUGCUAUGUCAACCUUUGGAGGGUUUCCAUGGUGCAACUUUGUCACAGCUUGCAUUUCAGUUCAACAUUCGCGGACUCGUUGCUCAUGAGUCGUGUCAGCGAUGGGUGCAUCGAUUACUGUAUGGGCAAUUGCAAACUUGUUCAUCGACAAUAAUGCCAAGAUGGUUGAAAACUCUUUUAGCAGCCGUGUUUGUUAUUCCCAUCCGGUGGUGGAUGUGCGUUCGAUCCAAUUAUACCAUGCACCCUGGUAAUGAGAAGAAAUCCCCUACAGCAGCUUUACUCGAUAUGGGUCGACAGCCAAAACGAGCUCGAGCCAUUUCUACUUAUAGUGUGAUCUCUGGCCGAAGCGAUAUGCUUAGCGCAGUCGCGGCAGGACAUUCCAUACCUCAGCUGGCUCUAACAGAGUCAGCAACACCUCAGUCUAUGGUUUUCCCAUUAAAUAUCGAAGAUGUAGACGGAGAGGACGCUGUCUUUACUAAAAAGCCGCGAAUAAGUCGUCGAGCUCCACCGUCAUUAUGCUUAUUUUAUUCUACACCGAUUGUAAAAUAUUGGCUUUCUUUGAUCUUUCGACUACUCCACAUAGCUUUAUUGGCGUAUUCAGUUUUAUUGCCCGGAUGUGGGAACCUAACCCUCGAUGCUAUUGUUUGGAUGUGGACUUUCAUAGCAUGGAUUGAAGCCGUAUGGGUACUCAACAUGCGAAAUCAUUACACGCCACUGUCUUUGAUGCCAUGGAGGGUUUUUGACUGUGUUGUGACACUGAUCUUUCUUGUUGCUAUGCUGCUUUUCAAAUUCGUCGGUGAUAGCCCAAUUUCGGAUUUUUUCAUGCUUUCAAACGUCUACCCCAUUCGUGUGUUUUCUGCAUUCUUUCUGCUCUACUGGUGCUAUGCGACAAUAUUCUUCUACAUUCCAUUAUCAGAAUUAUUUGGUCCCAUCGUCGUCAGGGUCAAGCUGAUGAUACUCAGAGAUUUCACAAACUUUCUCAUUUUAGUCGCUUUAGUCAUGUCAAGUAGUGCCGCGGCCAUACAUGCCGUAUUGUAUCCAGAUCGAGAUAUAUCCAUAUCAGUCGCUAAAGCUUCUUUGUCAUGGGUUUGGCUGUCACUUUUCACUACUGACCUUUCAAGCCUGCGCGAGUCGGAUUCCUGCAAAAAAUCGUUCUUGGGCUCUUCAUCGUCAUACUGUAAUUAUGUCGGGGAGUACGGUAACACAUCGUGUCCGUCACAGUCGGCAGCAAGUUAUCUCGUUGUAUUGGAGUAUUUUGUUCUCCUAAAGCUGAUCCUCUGGCCGGUUUUAUUUGCAUUUUUCGCGAAAACUGCUAAAUCUGUAGAUGACGAAGCCGACAAAAUCUGGAAGUUCCAGAUGUACUCGCUUGUCACGGAAUUUAGUCUUCGACCCCCGCUACCUCCACCACUCACGCCACUAUUCUUCUUCUGCAUGGCCUGUUGUCGUGCUGGAGGUCAACUUGGCGGAAUGAUGUCAAGCUUCCCGGACCACCCAGACGUAGAUCACAAAGAUCGAGGUCGAUCUACAGUAAGAUUCGGCUCUGUCUACCGUAAUCCUUCGGUGCCAGCUAAGAAAAAUGAGUUUGUGAACUCAUUUUGGCGUCAGCUGAUGAUAGAGCGUUGGAAGGAGGAGCAGCGACCGAAUCAGCAAAAUAUUUGCGGAAAUGCGGAGGUGAAGACGGUGCAAAUACAAUUGCGAAUGCUCGCCUUGAAUAAUUCCUAUGCUGCAAGUGAACGUAGAAGCAAAUAUGAGGUUCAUCUCGUACAAUACGCGGACACAGAGAUGAAGCGGCUAGCGGUCCCACCAGCUGAAAGACCUUGGAAUAUCCUUCUUCCACGAUAUGCACCUCCAUUCUAUUGCCGUCCAGCAGAGGAAUUCCCAGCAGAUUCCGCAAAGCAUGUGGAAAUUGCAACCGAGCAGAACGUAGCAGAACUACGGCGACUUUGGCGGUCACGUCAAGCAACGGAUCCCGGUAAAGGAUGGAUGCUUUCAGCUGCUGGUUAUCCGCUGAAUCCGCAUGGAAGACGAGGCAUUGCUGGACGUGGAUGCCAUCCGCGGUUUGGAGCGAAUAUUAGGUGCUACUAUAUUAUUCUGACAGGAACCUCAAAGUCUGAUUGCAAGAUCCUUUUGGAUGCUCACCAUAAUCUUCCUAAUGAACCACAUCCCGAAAGCGGCUCCAGGGAUGAACAUUUAGCGUCGUUGUUGAGGACGAUAGGUUUGCCUGAGUCAGAUGCACAAGUAUUCUCGAUGAGACGCCUGGACUCAUCCAUUAUCGACUCUACGGAAAAAGUACCAACUACUGACACAAGUCCUACUCAUAUUGCCAGAUUGGCUGUGGAGCAUGGGAUUGACACGGAUCAUGCUUGGACUGAACAUGACUUGUGGGCAAUUUCACUGAGAAAUCGACGCGUACUUACCACUACGAUGGGUUACUUUUGGCAUCCAAUAAGCUCACCACUGUCACUUUCUACAACACACACAGAAAUGCUCAACAAAACACUACGAGUAUAUGAAAUUGUAUAAAAAUAUAUAAGUAUGUACAGAAUCUCUUUUUGAUAAUCUUGAAAUAACUGACUAUAUAAUUGCUCUCCACUUGUCAUUCCAUGUGAUAUGUGUUUCAUUUCAUGUAUGUACGACUUGCAACAUAAAGUUCGACACAUGAAGUAUCCAAUUUGAAGAAGCAAUAUGUGGUUUGGUAAUU